GCGGCUGUGGAGUCUGACAGGCUUUUACCGCCUUCGGCUCUAGGAUUCAGCCUAGCGCACUGAGCUGAAGAAGUUUUCGCAUCUGAUUCUGCUCCGCUCCUAGAGUGUCGCACACUCUCGGCCGGUUGCUGCUGUUGAAGCCCACCUUAAGGGCGUGGCUGGGAUGGAGAGUCCGAGCCUGGGAGACUGCGGAGCUGCCCCCUCGGUCACGUCCAGUGAGCGCUCAGCCGCAGACCGGCACUGUGACCUCCGGCAAGAAGAUGGUGCUCUGGGAUUGGAAAGCAUGGGAGAAAAUGAGAAACAAGUGAUGAUAAAAAACAGCAGUGAGUGUAAUCCCCUGCUGCAAGAAUCCAUUGCUUCUGCUCAGACUAGUGAUACUACUAUGACAGAAUGCCAUAAGUCUGUCCCAUGUGGAUGGGAAAGAGUUGUGAAGCAGAGGUUAUCAGGGAAAACAGCAGGAAGAUAUGAUAUAUAUUUUAUCAGCCCACAAGGACUGAAGUUCAGAUCCAAAAGUUCACUUGUUAAGUAUCUUCACAAAAAUGAAGAAACUUCUCUCACACCAGAAGAUUUCGAUUUUACCGUACUUUCUAAAAAAGGCAUCAAGUCGGGAUAUAAGAACUGCAACAUAGCACCUCUGACAUCCCAAAUGCAAAGUGAAAGUAAUAGUUCAAACUGGAACCUCAGGACACGAAGCUGGUGGAAAAAAGAUGUCUUUCCUCUACCAAGCAGUUGUCUGGAAUUGCCAAGUAGCAAAGGACUAUCUAACUUUAAAGAUAAGGGUGUUAAUGAUGUGGACUCCAGAAAGGUUAGAAAGUCCAAAGAAAAGGUGCCUAUUUUGAAAGGAAUUCAAAUUAAGAGAACUAAAACAAGGUGCCAGAAGGGUCUUCCAGAUUCUGCUCAAAGUAAUAAGAAAAGAAAAUCUGAGUAUAAAAAGGCAGAUGAUGAAAGUGAAUCUGUUGUGCAAGAAAGUCAGCUUGAUAAAACACUCUCCAUUGCUGGUGCUGGGACAAGCAACAAGACCCUCAGUGCAACCAGUGAAGAAAAGAAACUUGUGAAAGAACAAUCAUUGAGUUUGGUAUCAAAUUUUUGUUCUGAACAAAUAACUUCUGGCAUCAUAAACAAAUUAUGUUCAACUGAAGAAGCAGAACACAGCAAGAAGUGUGAGGAAACCUUUUUAGAAUCUGAGGAAAUAAAAUCAAAAGUACAAGUUGGGGAGAGGAAGGAACAUUUGCAUACUGACAUUUUAAAAUGUGGCUCUGAAAUGGACAACAACUGCUCACAAACUGAGAAAGACUCUGUGGAAAUGUGUCAAGAAGAUACCAUUCUACGGACACAAAUAGAAAAAAGGAAAACAAGCCUGUAUUUUUCCAGCAAAUAUAACAGAGAAGCUCUUAGUCCCCCUCGACGCAAAGCCUUUAAGAAGUGGACCCCUCCUCGGUCACCUUUUAAUCUCGUCCAAGAGACACUUUUCCACGAUCCAUGGAAGCUCCUCAUUGCUACCAUAUUUCUCAACCGGACCUCAGGCAAAAUGGCAAUCCCUGUGCUCUGGGAGUUUCUAGAGAAGUACCCUUCGGCUGAGGUAGCAAGAACCGCAGACUGGAGAGAUGUGUCAGAACUUCUUAAACCUCUUGGUCUCUAUGAUCUUCGAGCAAAAACCAUUAUCAAGUUCUCAGAUGAAUAUCUGACAAAGCAGUGGAGGUAUCCAAUUGAGCUUCAUGGGAUUGGCAAAUAUGGCAACGACUCUUACCGAAUUUUUUGCGUCAAUGAGUGGAAGCAGGUGAGACCCACUCCCAGCCGUAACAUGUCCAGCACAUUUUGUCUCUGGGGCAAAAUAAGUCCAUCCUUAGAGCCAAAACUAUUUCUUGGGCACAUGUGCUAUCACUCUCACAACCAGUUUUGUUCUAGGCUUGAGGGGCAAGUGGUGGCAUGGGGCUACAGGCAGCAGGGAGAGGAUCCAUAGAUACUCCCAACUCCAUAAAGAUUCCUUGGUGUGGCCUCUGACUGACCUCCAGCAGUUUGUCACUUCUGGCCCCGUGCUGUCAUUCUCAUUCACGUGUGGUCUCUAAGCCUAAUGUGGUUCUCCUCCUGUCACAGCCAUACUAGCCUUCAGAAAUAUACCACUGAAGGAAAGCAGACAGGUUUGGGCUUGGAAGGAAUGCUUGUUGGGUUUCUCCUACUGGUCUCAGACUACUUUUGUGGUAACUGGGCCCUACCUCAGCUACCCAGUCAGUUGAGUAUGCCCUGCCCACAGAUAUCCAGGGGGUGUCCUGGCAGCUGGUGGUACUACCAGGUGGCCCGGUACACUGCCAUCUUGGUCUGUGACUCACCUUAAAGCGUUUAGCCAGUAGGUCUGCCCAAGCCUAUCCCUGUUCCUAUCAUUUACUGUGACCUGAGCAGUCCAUGUAACUCUCAGGGUCUAUAACCUCCUUCUGGAAAAUGGUAUAUUAGUACUUGACUCAUAUUAUCACUACCCCACAUGGUAGGUCAUGGUGAAGAUCAGUACUAAAUUGGAAAGUACUUUGUGAAGAAUUACCUUAAUGUAAGGUAUAGUUUUAAGCAUUCAUGAAUCCAGUUAGGUUAAAGGUUAUAAUUUUCAGGUAUGCUGUCAUAAUGUAUUGUUCUCCUACCAUCCCUUUAAAAAGCCCAUUUUAAAAAUGUAUUUCUGACAAAGUUAUAUAAGACCUCUU